CGGCGGGGGGAGGGACGGGCGUGGGUACGGCCGCGGGAGGCGGCUCCGGACCGCAGAGAGAGAGAGAGAAAUCGCCCCGCCCGGCACGUGGGUGGCAGCUUCUGCAGAGCUUGCAGAAAUUGGGGCCGGAAUUCAGGACGCUCAGCAGGGCUCGUGCCCGCAGCGAUGCGCGUCCCGUGAACCCAGCGAGGCGGAGCGGUGACAGCCUGGCUGUUCGCUGUCGCCAAACCCGAUGGAACCGAUGGUGCCCCGCGGCAUUCGGCCGACCCCGGUGCGGGAGCGCUAGCAGGACGCACGGCUGGGAGGAGCGGGCCCUGCCGGCAGGAGGAUGGCUCAGGCCGCCGGGAGCAUCAACACUGACUACAGGGACUGGGAGUGGAGCGCCGAUGCCGGGGAACGGGCCAGGCUCCUGCAGAGCCCCAGCGUGGAAGCGGUGCCAAAGAGUGAGGAGAGCCAAGGGAACGGAGCCGGGGCCACGUCGGCGCUGGGCGCGGUGUUCAUCGUGGUGAAUGCUGCUCUUGGGGCCGGGCUGCUCAACUUCCCCGCUGCCUUCAACAUGGCUGGCGGCGUGGCUGCGGGCAUUGCGCUGCAGAUGUGCAUGCUGAUCUUCAUCAUCGGAGGACUGGUAAUCCUGGCGUACUGCUCGCAGGCCAGCAAUGAACGGACGUACCAAGAGGUGGUGUGGGCGGUGUGUGGGAAGGUGCCAGGUGUGCUGUGUGAGGUGGCCAUCGCCGUUUACACCUUUGGCACCUGCAUCGCUUUCCUCAUCAUCAUCGGAGACCAAGAGGACAAGAUCAUUGCUGCUCUGGUGACAGAGCCUGAGGAAGCAGGGAGCAGCCGCUGGUACACAGACCGCAAGUUCACCAUCAGCAUCACUGCCUUCCUCCUCAUCCUACCCCUCUCCAUCCCCAAGGAGAUCGGCUUCCAGAAGUAUGCCAGCUCUCUGAGUGUGAUUGGCACGUGGUAUGUCACCGCAGUCAUCAUCAUCAAGUACAUCUGGCCUGACAAGGAGCUUGUGCCUGUGGAGAUUCCUACCAGCCCCUCCACCUGGAUGGCCGUGUUCAACGCCAUGCCCACCAUCUGCUUUGGAUUCCAGUGCCACGUGAGCAGCGUGCCCGUCUUUAACAGCAUGAAGCAGCCGGAGGUGAAGACGUGGGGAGCAGUGGUGACAGCAGCCAUGGUGAUCGCUCUCUUUGUCUAUACCGGCACUGGUGUCUGUGGCUUCCUGACCUUUGGGGCCAGCGUGGACCAGGAUGUGUUGCUUUCCUACCCCUCCAAUGACAUCCCCGUCGCCCUGGCUCGGGCCUUCAUCAUCCUGUGCGUGCUGACAUCCUACCCCAUCCUGCACUUCUGCGGCCGGGCUGUGCUGGAAGGCCUCUGGCUCCGCUACACCGGAGUGACGGUGGAGGAGGACGUGGUUCGGGAGCGGAGGAGACGCCUGCUGCAGACCAUUAGUUGGUUCCUCCUGACUCUCCUCCUGGCUCUGUUCAUCCCUGAUAUUGGCAAAGUCAUCUCUGUCAUCGGAGGCUUGGCCGCCUGCUUCAUCUUUGUCUUCCCAGGGCUCUGCCUGAUUCAAGCCAAACUCUCUGAGAUCCAAGAAACCAGAGCAGUCAGCUGGUGGGCCCAGGUCGGCUAUGGGGUAUUCAUGGUCACCCUAGGAGCCUUCAUCUUCGGACAGACCACUGCCAACGCCAUCUUCGUGGAUCUCGCAGCCUGACCCCUCCUCCAGGCAGGACCCUGCUGCUGCUGAGGGGAAGUAGAUUUCCCAUCAGACUGAGGGGGAGCAGGGAGAAAACAUUUUAGCAUACUGGGAACGUCCAAGAGGAGUGUUGAAACGCAGGGCUUCGCUGGAAGAGCCCUGCAGGGACUUGUGUCUUGUUGUCUUAACACACCAGGCAGUCAGGCUUGCCUUCUCAGUCCUGACUCCCUGGUGACGGAGGAGAACCCCACUCACUCCGUGCUGACAUCCAGGUCAAAUCCUUCCUGCCCCUCUGGGGUGGGCUUCACUAAGGGAUCCCGUUGGGGUUUGCACAGGAAAGCACACUGCUUCCCUCAGUGUUGGGGGAGCUUCUUUCCAGCACUUUCACAGCUUGAAGUCAUAGCAUUAGAGGGAGGCAGUGUGUCUUGUUUAAAGGGAACUAGAGACCAUGCUUUAAUUCAUAGUUGGUGAGAGUGUGCUGCGAUCAGAGCACAAAACAAAUGGUGCACCUGCAGAAAGGGAGAAAGCAAAGGGCCGAUGAGUCCCGGCUGAUUUCCAUCACCUCAACAUGAGUGAGUUUUACUGUGCAUGAGCACAGCAAUUCCUCCGCCACCUUAAACCCGUGAGCUUAGACAGUGACGUCUCCUCUGUCCUCUUCCGUGUCUGUGCUUGGUUUUAAGUUUACUUUCCUGUGGCUCGUCUUGCCAGCCUGCAGUUCUAUCCUAGUGCUAGCAGGAGUUUUCCCUCCCAUUUUCCUCUGACCAGGCUGCACUUGCUGUUAGGAAGUGGGAAUGUCGCACGAAGCCUGAUUUUAACUUGCCAUUUGUGGGAGGGGGGCCGGGAAGAGUUCAGGAGCAAAGUUUACAUUGCCAGCCCCAGCCUCGGGGUUGGCAGACUCACUGGAGAAGGUGCUGUGAACUGGAUCUGCCUACUGGAAACACUACACUAGAACCAAGCUCUUAAUUUCAAAUCCUGUUCUUCUGGAGUGCAUGGCCGAGGAGUGGGCAAGGUGUAGGUUUUAAGGGAUGCUCUGGGGAUAAAGCAGGCAGUAUUAAUCCGUUUUAUAUCGUUGCCAUUAUUGUUCUCAUUUGUGCUGUGGCUGGUGCUGCUCUGGGAUGUUCCUCCUCAGCCUUUCCCAAUAGUUUCAUUUCUGCUUCCUGGUUGUGUUGUUUUUUUUGGGUGUAGAAGUUCUCCCAGCUGCAGAUGAGGAUUGGGGCAGUUAAAUCUCAGCAGCCAACUUCUGCUGUUGAGACUUUAAGGUCCCUUGGUCUUUGGCUUCUAAAUUCCUAGGCAGGGAAAGAUUGAUGUUCGUGUAUCCUCAUGCAUGGUCUCAAAGCAGUGCUUGGCAGACACGGGACGUGGCCCAGCCUGUGACGGUGGGAAGAUGAAUGGUGACACGUUGAUGCAGUCCUUGCCAUGUUCCUUUCUCUCUGUGACCAGCCAGCAGUGGGUGGGAGGAUGGCCUGUGGUACAGCUUGCUGGGUGUCAUUCAUCCUCUCCCUACAGUGCUUGUGGUGUAUGGAUGUGCUCUGACAAAAGGUGGCUUCAGCCUGGCUCUCACAUUCCGCAGCUCCCAGGCAGUGCUGGCACAGCUCUGGGAAAGAACUUUUCACCUAAAUGCACAUUUCUUUCCAGAACCUGCUCUGUAACCCUAAUACUCCCCACCUUCCCCCAUCUCUCUGAGGCGAGAUGGGGAGAUUCAGACAGAAAAUGAGAAGGAAAGCCCAAAUAAAUUGUUGUGGGGGACUGUGUGAA